CUAAAAUAUAUUUUAUCUUACAAUAUACAAAAAGAUGCUGACUGUGAUGAAUGUAAAAAAGCAAAUAACAAAAUAAAUGAAUUUGAAAAUUACCUAAAGGAAGAGAAUAAUCAAAAAUUUUGUAUAGAAAACAAGAAAACCAUCGACAAUUAUAUUGAACUUAAUCGUCAAUCUGCAUCAUCAAAGUUUGUGCAUAUAGUAGAAGCCAAUUUUAUUCGGAAAGGUUAUUCGUCUCAGUUUUUAAACAUUAUUAACAAAGCUUUGGAAGAUAUCAGGAACAAAUCAAAUGGAAAAUUUUCUGAUGAUGAAAUUACACAAAAAAUUAUAGAAAUUUGGAAUUUAUUGCGUAAUAAUAUAUCAUUAAAUUACCCGGUAACUUCAAUAGAGGAUGCAAUAAAUUCUGAAGUCAAAUCUGCAUACCCAAGUUGGAUGCCAAUUGAAAAUAAAUACAAAGAUGGAACCAUUCCAGCUUUACAUGAUUUCGGACUAAUAACAAAACUAGUUUUACCAAAACAAGAUAUUGAUAUUAUCGAAGAAAAACUUGAUAACUUAACAGAUUUAAUUUUAAGAGGAAAACCUCAACAUUUUUAUAAUGGUAUAGUGAAUGACCUCAAAAGUAAAAUAGAAAAGACGUUUUCUGAUAAUUCAAGAUUUUUUAAAGCUUUUCCUUUGUUUAAACGUCAAGCUCACAUUUAUGCCUUCUUAAAAUUUAAAUUAAAACUAAAAGAAUAUCAGAAAAUAUGGGAUGAAGAAAAUCAUCCACUUUGCAUACUUGAUCAAAAGAAAGAAGAAUACUCUAAUAUUAUUAAAGCUCGGCUUCAACACGAAUCUACACUUGUUUCGGAAGCAUAUAUUGUUGCUGACUAUUUAUUAAGAGUUAUUCAUAAAAAAGCAAUGAAAGCAGGGAACUGUGCACUCAAAGAUGCGAUAAAGAAGAUUCCAUGGUUGACUCGUACAGAGACAGUAAGAUUAAAGUAUUUUGAAGAACUCGCUAAUGAGGUUCAAAAUGGCUAUAAAGAAAAUGCUUUAAAUCAUUUCAAAAACCCGAAACAUCAUUUUGAAAAUUGGUUCAAAUUUAUUAUUGAUAAUGUUGUAGAUGAGAAUCCUGAGCACAAAUACAAUGAUACUUUUAAAAAAGAGAUAAACGAGUCAAUUGAUCGUGGUCGAAUUUCUCAAGAGGCGUAUAGAUCUUUGGCUAGAAUCGAUGAAUCACUAAUUAAAGCUGGAGCAGUUUAUGAUAUGAGGCAAGAAAUCACAUGUAGACCAAUUACUGAAGAGCCUGAUAUUACUGAUCCAAUCAUAGUUUUUAAUAUCGUUACAACUAUCGGAAAAGGUGAACACUGA